AUUCCGUCAUCCGCGGAAGUGUAGAAAACCCUAGUCGUCCCGUCCCGCACACGUACGAAUCAUCCAAACACCCACCAACAGCCCCAACUACACUUCUCCUCAGAGAAACUCAUCCUUUUUUUGGGUGAAUAGAGAAACUCAUCUUCGUCAUCGUCUUCAUUAUCAUCAUCAUCAUCAUCAUAUAUAAUUAUAAUCAUCAUUAUAUGCAAUUCCAGAGAGAGAAACCCUCCCCCUCCCCCCAAAAAAACAAAAAACAGAUCAGAGCUCAGACCAACAGUGUUCUCUUCAACUGAUUUCAAUCCAUUCUUAAUUUCAGAUCAGCUCUGAAUCUUGCUCUUAAAUACCCACAAGCUGUUUUCAAUUUUUUACCCUUUUUUCCGUAGAUAAAAAACAGGAAUUUAGAGAGAGAGAGAGAGAGAGAGAGAGUAUGAAGAGAUUGAGAAGCUAUUACUUGCAUUUGAGACACCUACAAACAAUGGAGCGAAAAUGGAUCUUCCCACUAGCAAUUGGCUCUAUAGUCUCUCUCUUCCUUCUAUUCCUCACUACCCUAACCUCCCCCGACGGUACUCCUCUCCUCCCUCUCUACCGCUCCACCGCCGCCUCCUCUGUUUUUGUCGAAUCCAAGCUCCGCCCAAUUCCGCUCUCCUCCCUCCCUCCUCCGCCGCGCUUCGCCUACCUUAUUUCUGGCUCCGCCGGCGACGGUAAGAUGCUCCGGCGUACCCUCCAAGCCCUUUACCACCCGAACAAUCGCUAUGUUGUUCAUCUCGAUGCCGAAUCGUCGCCUCAAGAGCGGCUCGAUCUGCAAAACUUUGUUAACACUCAUCCCAUUUUUAUCAAAUUCGACAAUGUUGUAAUGAUUACCAAGGCGAAUCUAGUGACUUAUCGAGGGCCAACGAUGGUGGCGAAUACGCUUCACGCCGCGGCGAUUUUGUUGAAGGGAGGUGGGGAUUGGGACUGGUUUAUCAAUCUCAGUGCCUCGGAUUAUCCUCUUGUUACUCAAGAUGAUCUGCUUCACACUUUCUCAUAUCUGCCGCGUGAUCUUAAUUUCAUCGAUCAUACAAGUGAUAUUGGGUGGAAAGAGUUUCAGCGUGCAAAGCCAAUAAUCAUUGAUCCAGGGUUGUAUAUGACAAACAAAGCUGAUGUUUUCUGGAUUACACAGCGAAGAAGUGUGCCGUCAGCCUUCAAGCUAUUUACAGGUUCUGCUUGGAUGGCACUUUCUCGGCAAUUUGUUGAUUUUUGCAUAUGGGGAUGGGACAACUUACCCCGAACAGUCCUCAUGUACUAUGCAAACUUCAUCUCCUCCCCAGAAGGCUAUUUCCACACCGUCAUCUGUAAUGCUCAAGAAUUUCAUAAUACCACUGUCAACAGCGACCUACACUUCAUAUCCUGGGACAACCCUCCAAAGCAGCAUCCUCACUACCUCACCGUUGAAGACAUGUCAAAGAUGGUUGACAGUAACGCUCCGUUUGCCCGGAAGUUCCACCAGGAUGAUCCGGUGCUUGACAAGAUUGACUCUGAACUCUUGUUUCGUGGUCAAGACAUGCUUGUUCCUGGCGGGUGGUGCGUAGGAAGCAGAGAAAAUGGGACCGAUCCAUGCUCUGUUGCGGGUAAUAUCACAGUUGUUCGUCCAACUGCUGGUGCAAAAAGGCUAGAAAAUCUUAUAAGUUCCCUCUUAUCAAAUGAUAAUUUCCGACCAAGGCAAUGCAAAUAACAAAAACAAUUCUAGAAAACGCUCCUCAUGCCAAUAGGUCUAUAUCAGAAAAAGGGUUGAUCUUGUGCAGGUAGGGAAAUGAGUGCUUAAAGCGUAGACGAUCUCUCACGCUUGUAGGCUCGUGGCAACGUGAAAUACACGUGUCUGAUCUGGGUUUUUUUUGUGUCUGUAACCCCUUUUACACCCGUCAUACUUCUUAAUUGUAUUCAUCAAGACUUGGCAUCACCAUCUGUAUUCAUCAGGACUGGUGCUGUUGGGAGGACCACAGUAAAUGUUAGGAAAAUGAACAAUUCAGGAAAUCUGUUAUAGGAUGAUACCAAUGUAGCUAUGUUUUGGUCGAUAGUUACUUUGAUUUGGGAUGAAACUAUGGCUGACAUGAUCUGAAAAUGAAAUGUUAUGUUUCUUCACAUGCCAAUGAUUAUGGUGUUA